AUGGCCAACAAGCACCGACGCCUUGUCAAGGAGWUCCAAGAUAUCAUCAAAGACACCCAGUCCGGUAUCACCGUCACUGCUCCAGAUGGUUCCUCCGACAUCACCGAUUUCACUCACUUCCGAGGCCACUUUAGAGGUCCUCCCGACACACCAUACGAAGGAGGUCGCUACGAGAUCGACAUCAAAAUCACCGGCGAGUACCCGUUCAAGCCGCCGGAGAUGAGAUUCAUCACCAAGAUCUGGCACCCGAAUGUCUCCUCGCAGACCGGUGCCAUCUGUCUGGAUACUCUGGGCACUGCAUGGUCCCCUGUCCUCACCCUGAAGAGUGCCCUGAUCAGUCUACAAAGUCUCCUCUGCACCCCCGAACCCAAAGAUCCACAAGACGCGGAAGUCGCCAACAUGCUGCUCACGCGACCCGAGGAGUUCAAGCACGUGGCACGGGAUUGGGCCCAGAAGUACGCGAGAGCAGAGAAGCCGAGGCCGGGAGACUCAAAGAGUGGAGCGAGUUCAUCGAAGCCGCAGGAGGUACCAGUGGUGGGAGAAGCCGCAAGGGAGAAGCGGCAGAGGGACGAUGCGAGGAGAAGAGCGGCGUAUGAAGGGUAUAACAAGAACAUGGUGGACAAGUUCGUCCAGAUGGGCUUCCAGGUCGAGCAGGUGGUGCAAGCAUUCACGUAUGUGGGAAUCGACAAGGCCGAUGGCGAGGAGUAUGAAAUGGAAGAAGAAUAUCAAGGCGACAUUGUUGCUAGGCUGUUCGGCGAGGAUGUAUGA